CUCACAACUAGUUAUUGAAUCAUCCCCGAUGCUCAAUCCAUCAUCAUCUGUCUCGAUUGCAUCUCUCGAAUAUGACAAAGUCCUGCACUCUCUGUUCAAAACCCCGUGACGUCCUUGUGCGCUGUCAGAUCGACGAGUCGCAGAAAUGGCAUUUCGUCUGCCCUGGAACAUGCUGGAAAUCAGUUUCUGGUGGCGUUGAAGAUGCAAAGGGCAUGCAAGAGGAAUACCCAUAUUACCGAUAUGGCGGUAUGGUGAGUUUUUGCAAAUGAUUUGAGAGAAGGAAAGAUGGCUGAUCUGGAGUCGUGGGUAGUGGAAAGAUAGAAGUGCCGACGGGCCGGUUAGCGCAAAGAAGCCGAAGAAAGUCAAGGAGAGGCAGAAAGAGGAGAUGAAGGCGAGGGAGGGAAGCACUGCGAUGUCUUCCGGGAUAGAGAAGUAAGACUAAGGAGGGGUAGGUAAAAUUCCCGUUGUUUCAUCAUUAGAAAUGAUCUCGAGGAGAAAGGCAAAGUGCUAACG